UAUGAAAUGAAAAAAAAAUUAACUAUUCCAUCUGGUCUUGAGCCUUUGUCAGUAUCAAGAGAAGAUAAGUUACCGAAUAUCUCUGAAAUCACAAUAUGGUGACUGUUGGAAAUAGAUAUCUCAUGAGUAGGAAUAUCAAGAUUAGAAUGUGCAUACACAGUUAAAGAGUAAUCAGCAAACAUGGAAAGGUUGAGAAAUUGUCGAAUUUUUAAUUUAUAAACUAAAGUUUCUGUAUUACUUGAUCAUUGUAAGAUUUUCUGGAAAUGUAUUUGGACAACCCUAAUUGUGAAUUUUUAUGGUAAAAUAGGGAUUAAAAUUUGCUAUUUGUAAAAAACUGGUACAAGGAUCAAAUGAUGCAGAGUCAACGGCAGAUAGGUAUAGAAUGAAGAUAUGUGACUUUAGGAUAUGAAACCAACAUUUUGACUCAGCAAGUCCAAAUUAUAGUUAAAGAUGUUCUGGAACUUGUGGUGUGAAAAAGUCAAAUUCUUAUGUCCGAGCAACUCGAACUCUUCAAGAUCCGAGACGUCGGUGGCCACCUCGACCACCGGAAGUAGCCUCUAUCUAUUAGACAAAAAACUGGUGACCAUAAAUGGCAUUAGGCAGCUGUGGUGCAAGUUCGGUCCGAACAUUAGUAUCGAUACAAAGUUCAUUAGUAACGUUGUGGCUAAUAACAGUCAGGGUCUAGGAAGAAAAUGGACUGAUCGAUACCUGUAUUUGGGCAAGGAUCUUCAUGAGAGUUCGCUAGACUAUCGGCCCAUUGUAAGAAUGCCGUAUCUGGAUGAGUUCGUCAAACCUAGGAAGAAGAAGAAAACGAAAAAAGCGGAAUAUCCGGCCCUGGCAUACGAACGAGGAUUAUCCUUUGGCGAUACAGUACAGGUGAACAGGUUCGGAUCGGGAAUCUCAGAAAACUGCGGUACAGGACUGUACUUACCGUUUGACGAUUACAUCGUACCGAAACGGUACAGUGCGACAAUGGUCCAAACGGAUUCCUCUGAGGUGCUGAGCCUCGACUGGGAUACGGAGCCGAUUAAUUACGAAGAACUUGCCGAAACCGCCGUUCUUAUGUGGGAAUAUUACGGUUUCAGUUGUAUGCAAAAUGGUCGCAGAACUCGUCAUAGAAGGAGAUAUGGUUUUGCACCUAAACCUUUAUUUCUGUACGGUUUGGGCCCGUGGCAUGCCACCAAAGGUGAUAAUUUUUCUCUGCAAAUUAAACGGGCCGUGUCGGACGUUAAUGUCAGACACUUGAAUUGCGAGAAAAAAUUACCGUACUUGCCUCUAUCCAAGAGACAACUGUUCGCUACAGUUUCGUGUCCAUCGUUAGAGGACGAAAAUUUGUUUAGGGCCAACAAUAUCAUGUCAAUAUUUUUUUUUAGAAAUGCCCCUAAAAAGCCUGUCAUAUUCUUUUGGACGCCAGGGUACUGGUACAGGCCGAUAUCGGCCAAGGAUGCAUACAACGAAUUGCAAAAACAUCUAAAAAAGAUUCGGAACUACCAUGAGAGUGUCAAUAAAAAUAGAAUUCUGUGUUUAGGACGACGAUGUAACGGUAGACGAUUCCUAAGGAAGUUUAACGGGAACAAAUUGAAAGAAACCGACGAGGACGACGACUGUUGCCACCCGAAAAAGCGAAAGAACUGCUUCAUAACCAACAUAUUGGGCAACAAAUUCGACGACUCUCUGGAUUGGGAUGAAACGAAACAACCGCACGAAACGGCCCUUCAGCACCUCAAAAGAAUAUUACGAGUAGACGAAUGUUGGGUGUCUGCGUGGGACUUUGAUUCGACCACAUUGGCGCAGCAGCUCACCUUAAUAGAUCGGGAUUUAUUCUUAAAAGUUUCCCCCGCAGAAUUCAGCGUCCUGAUGUGGCAGCAGAGUUCGAAAAAUGCCCCCAACGUGGCAGCCAUGAUCGCCUUUUCUUAUAGGAUAAGUUGCCUGAUAGCCAGCGAGAUAUUGAAAGACGAAUCUGAACGGAUAAGGGCACGGCUGAUGGCCAGGUUUAUUAAUGUGGCGAAUAAGUGCCAUAGGAUGUCGAACUUUCAAUCCUGUCGGACGGUGUUGUGCGGCCUGCAAAAUCCGGCCGUGUUUAGACUGAGGAAGACGUGGGCUUACGUGAGGAAAAAGCACGCCUCCAAAUACCAGGCCUUUGAAUUUCUCUGCCGUCUUUACCGAGACCCUAGGAUGCCGUCGUUCCAGAGGUCAUUUUUUCUACUGUCGCAGCGGCCACCGUUCCUACCCUACAUCGGACACCUCAUCGCGAAAUUACUCGAUAAAGUUCCGGAGUAUAAAAUCAGAACCUUCGGUCCCUCUAGGCAGCUAAGCUUUUGUACGACCAAAUCGUUUAGGUCUUGCAGCACAUUAAAAAGCCGAAAAGUAGAGCCGCAGCUCAAUUUAUUUUCGAAGAUAUUCAGCGCUUUUGUCAACCCUACGGCCCAUGCCGGGGAUGGCGAUAGGGCAAAGGCAAAACCUCAGAAAACCAAGAAGAAAACGAGUAAAACCCCAAAAUUUCGGGGGUUAUACGAGUACUUUAAACCUCUAAGUCGAAUCGAAGAUAACCGAAAGGCGGCUCUGCAAGAGGUGACGGAAAUGUUGGAAAAAUGUCAAUUAGGGGCGCUGAAUUAUACUUUUACCGGUAACGACGUAGCUAGGAACUAUUUGCUUAAAGCCAGACACCGAGAGGAAGAAGAGAACUUUUUUAUAUCGCUCGGUUUGGAAUCGUCCCGAUUUAGUAAUAAUAAUGCAAGUGCUAAUAAAAAUGACUAAGUAUAAAAA